AUGGGCUGGUAUGGACCGAAAUUCAAUCUACUCACUUUGCUACGAUUUUUCAUUAUUGUUGUUUCGGGAAUCGGUGCCGCGUCAAUUUUUGCUGCCGUUUUCGUGUUAGUGACGACGAGUCCGACUUUGAGAGCCUUCAUUAUUUUGGUUGGCUCAGUUCUGUUGCUUGUAUCGGGUGUUGCGUGGAAGAUGACAUCAAUGGAUGUGGUUGUGGGAAGAAAUCCCGUGAAUUCCGUCUUUUUGCGAGCCUAUCGAGCGGAAUAUUUCGAUGAAACCCUCCCCCAAUGUGUACAACGACAUCCAGCUCUGUUGCCAUUUCAUUGUCCAACGGCUCCAAUGAGUAUCCCCCGUCCGCUCAUCAUGCCCACCGAUCCUCCUCCAUCAAUCCUCGCUCCUCCACCUCCUCCCACAUACAAUCUCUCACAGCGAUUACAACAAAAUGCCUCACAAACGGCACUCUGGGCAACAAUGGAACCAAAUAAUACAUAUUUGAGUCGUGCUCCACCAGUUUAUUCUGUUUGUGGGGCUCUUCAACGUGUCUGUACGAGUUCUCCUCCACCGCGAUAUCGCUCAAUUAUUGCUGCGAUUCCUCAAUCAUUGCCAAGAACAACGCCCGAGAGAAGGAGCUCAACUAUUGAAAUUGAUGCAGAAGCGAAUAGCGAUCAAUUGUCCGUAAUCGAUUGCUCUAAACCCACCCCGACCACUUUUCAUUUCCCCCAAAACGAGUGCUCAUCAAUA